AUGAAAUUCGAAUCGGUUCUACGGUCAGGUCAUUCUUGGUGGAAACAAGGAGACGAAGAUGAGAAUUGGUCAAAGAAAGCUAUUGACAAUUUGAUGAAGAAACUACAAAAACACAAUCGAGAAGCUUUGGGAGCACUUGAAAUGGCACUAAAGAAUGAGGGUAAGAUGCCAUCAGACUGUGUGACAAUUCCACGAUCACUUGAUGGACGACUACAAAUUUCACAUAGAAAAGCUCUCCCGCAUGUGAUUUAUUGUCGGGUAUAUCGAUGGCCCGAUCUACAGUCACAUCAUGAACUAAAGGCCAUUGAAAGCUGUCGUUUCUGUUUCGAAUCGGGCCAAAAAGAGAUUUGUAUCAAUCCAUAUCAUUAUAUCCGAGUCGAAUCAGCUGGUGUUCUCCCUCCCGUUCUCGUGCCACGUUUCUCCGAGCCACCACCCAAAGAAGUUCCCCUUGCAUUGCGACGAUGGCAAGAGCUUGAUGCAACUUCGAGUAUGCCACAUAACAUUGAAAUGCACGCCGUUUAUAGUCAACAGCAACUUCUUAUGCAGCAAUUAAAGACGGAAAGCAUGGAUAUUGGAUACAAUUUCCCGGCACCCAUCUCCACCGUUCAGGUGCCGUACUAUGAUAGUGAACAGUGGGCAACAAUCAGUUAUUACGAGCUGAAUACAAGAGUUGGACCACAAGUGAAAGUGUCAGCCUCUGAAGUGAUCAUUGAUGGAUUCACUGAUCCUUCAACAAACAACAUAAAAAUCUCGCUGGGACUAUUUCAAAAUGUGAAUCGAUCGCCGACAAUUGAAAGUGCUCGGCGUCAUAUUGGAAAUGGAGUGAAAUUAACAUAUGUGAGAAGACAAGGAAUACUUUUUGCUGAAUGUCUUUCUGAUGCUGCAAUCUUUAUUCAGUCUCGAAAUUGCAACUACAACAACAAUUUCCAUCCAUCAACUGUGUGCAAACUUGUGAACAAAUGCUCGUUGAAGAUCUUUGAUACAAACAAAUUUCGAGAUUUGUUAAAUGAGAGUGCACAGAUGGGUUUUGAUGCCUCAUUUGAUCUCACAAAAAUGUCGAUCAUUCGAAUGUCUUUUGUGAAAGGUUGGGGCGCCGAAUAUCAGCGACAGGAUGUUACAUCAACCCCGUGUUGGGUUGAGAUUCAUCUACACGCUCCAUUACAGUGGUUGGACCGAGUUCUCAGUCAAAUCCCAGCCUCUCAAAUGCCAAUCUCAUCAAUAUCA